AUGAUUUUUUCGGGAUUACUCCUUAUCUCAUGUAUUUUAUUUAAUUGGAGCUUCUCCCGACCCUUUGAUUCAGAACUUUUAGACCAAUUGCCAAAUAUAUAUAGCGUGAAAGUAUUACAGGAAUUUCCCCAUUAUCACCAACCAGGAAAUUUGAAGAAUAAUUCUUCCGAAGAUGAUCUCUCGUACAAGUACAACAAAAAUCCAUUUACUCAAGGUUUGUUGUUUCUAAAUUCCACAACUCUCAUAGAAAGUGCAGGUUUAUUUCAAGGGAGUUUUAUAAAGCUGAUUGAAUUCCCAAGUAUGAAAGAUAUUCAACACAAUACUUUGAAGAAAGGAAACUGGGGUGAGGGAAUUGCGAUUUUAAAAGACCAUAUUUACCAGCUAACUUGGACAAGUAAAAUAAUGUUUGAAUAUUCAAUUGAUCUUUCAAUACGAAAACAAUAUUCGAUACCAAUAAUAGGAUGGGGGCUUACAUCAGAUAAUGAGUCAAAAAUAUGGGCUACAUCUGGAUCUGAUGAACUUUUUGAACUUAAUAUUCCAGAUUUUGACUCUUCAGAUAAAGUAAAAAUUAAAAACGUAGUAAAACUGAAAUGUCUUGGAAAACCAAUGUAUUACGUAAAUGAGAUGGAAUAUGUUCCAGAAACGAAAACUAUUUGGGGAAAUAUAUUCCAAUCGCAGAUGAUUGUUGAAUUUAAUCCUGAAACUGGGAAAUGUAUUUCUAUUGUAAACCUUAAAUCAAUAUACAACCCAAAAAAUAGCACACUAUUCAAACAUUCUGAUCUUCUAAAUGAUGUACUUAAUGGAAUUGCGUAUCAUCCAAGUCAUCAAGAAAAGAAAAUCUCCAAAUCAAAUGGUCCCAAUCUUUUUGUUACUGGUAAGAGGUGGCCAAGACUGUAUAAAAUAGAACUAACCAAGAUUCCAAUUAAAACACAAAAAGACCAUCCAGUAAACCAAUCAGGAGAUUUUGAAAAAUAUUUUGAGUUUUACAGUUCAUCUGUAAAAAUUCCAAGUUUAAAUUCCAAUAACAAAUUUAAUAUGUAA